AUGCCCAGCCGUUCGAAGAAGACGCUCCUCCUCGCCCUUGCCGGCAACGCCGCCGCUCAGUACAGCGUGCGCUUUGGACCUUACUACUCCCUCGGCGCAACUACGUCCUACAUCGUUGAGGCCGAGACGACGCUGUACCCCGGCAAGACGCCCGAUCCGCAGCAGGACCGUAUGGUGCUCUGGCCGGGCAUGGGCACGAGCAACGGACAGUUAGUACAGAGCAUCGUGAGCUCGAGCACCGAGACCGAAGCGCAAUGCGGCGGCUCCAGUGGUCAAUGGUGCGUCUUUGCCAGCACGUACACUGGCGAGACGCAGAUUAGUGGCGACGCGAAGCCGAUGUCUGCCAACCAGGGAGUGACAAUCAACUACAAAUACGACGAGGCUUCGGGCAACUACACCCAGACUGUCAGUAUCGAGGGACAAGUCGUCUCGACGCUCUCGACCGCUUCUGGCAAGGCGCAGGGUUGGGGCACGGCUGUAGAGUGCCAGGAUGAGUGCAGCGGCAUUGUAAAUGCUCACACGUACCAAAACACUACCAUUAAGCUGGCAGCGGCCGAUUCAGCUUUCAAGGGAACGCUUGCCCUUAAUGAGGCUACCGCUACGGAGCUGACUUCUCCCGACGGUGGCAUCACCUGGACCGUGGAUAAGAUUAGCAUCGCACAGAGCAGCUUCACUCCCGUUUCCAGCAGCAACGCUCGUGUUUGA